AUGAAUUCUCUCCAGAAUUACCACCUUAGCUCCAAUCAGUAUUUUACUCUGGAUGUUAAAGAGACUCAUGAUGGAAAUAAAUUUGCAGAUUUAGUGCUGCAGAAACCAUUAGAUCGAGAGACCGAACAGACCCUUCACUUGAUCCUCACAGCGUUGGAUGGGGGUGAACCUAGAAAAACGGGGACUGCCAAGAUAUGGAUCAAUGUCACAGAUGCCAAUGACAACCCACCUAUUUUCACUCAAGAAGUGUACAAGAAACCAUCCUACAACAUUUAUGUGCCAGAAAACAAUCCUUCAGGUGCCUCCAUUUUCACCAUCAAAGCCUCUGAUCCCGACAUGGACCAGAACUCACGGAUCACAUACUCCAUCCUCAACAGCAACAUUGAGGAGCUUCCCAUCUCCUCCUAUAUCUCCAUUAAUUCUGAGACCGGCACCAUCUAUGCCCAGAGAUCCUUUGACUAUGAACAAUUCAGAGAGUUUCGGCUGCAAGUGAAGGCCCAAGAUGGGGGUUCUCCCCCUCUCAGCAGCAAUGUGACCACCAGGGUGUUUGUUCUCGAUCGGAAUGAUAACAGCCCUCGUAUCCUGUCCCCCUCACAAGAAGCCAAGGGCUCAGCCUUGUUUGAGAUGGUGCCUCGUACAGCCGAGGCAGAUUAUCUUGUCACCAAGGUGGUGGCCGUGGAUGCAGAUUCUGGACACAACGCCUGGCUCUCCUACCACCUGACUCAGGCCACUGAGCCAGCACUCUUCACGGUUGGUUCUCAUACUGGAGAGAUCAGGACAGCAAGGGCCUUUGUAGAGAGAGACGCUGUGAAACAGAGACUGGUCAUUAUGGUGAAGGAUAACGGGCAGCCAUCUCUCUCGGCCACCAUGACUCUGAACCUGGUAUUUGCUGAGAACUUUCAGGAGGCCCUUCCAGAAAUGAAGAGCCAACCCAGCAGCUCGGAGUAUCAGUCUGACCUGCAGUUCUACUUGGUGCUGGCCUUAGCUGUGAUCUCCUUCUUGUUCCUCUUGACUGUGAUUCUGGCCGUUACAAUGAAGCUCCGUCAAUCAGGGCAUCCCAGGUUCCUACAGUGCUUUGGUCCUGUUCCCCAUUCCAAGAAUGGUGCCAUCUUCCCACCCAACUUUGAAGAUGGGACUUUGCCCUAUUCCUACCAGCUGUGUCUGUCUUCAGAGUCCAGGAAGAAUGAGUUUACCUUUCUUACACCAAAUAUACAAAUUGCAGACAAUAUUCUUAGUGGUGAGAAAUCUGAUGUUCCUUUCACAGGGAGAAGUGAAAGCAAUUUGCAUUUGGACAAAGUUAAUGAUGACAAGGUCAAGAAACCUACAGCAUUCUUAGUAGCUGGAAAUAUAUUACUAAUCUAUGUGAUUCUAGCAAAUAUUUAUGCUCAGCUGAUUACAGAAAACAAGGAUAAAGCACAUAUCCCUGCAAGAGGGAUGGAAGAUAGGCAGAAGGAAAACAGCAGAUCCCUAAGAAGGCAAGUACCUCUUCUCCUAUUAUUCUCUCUGUGUGGUCAGAUUGCCUCAGAGGACAUUCAUUAUUCCAUCCCUGAGGAAAUGGAAAAGGGCUCCAUUGUAGGAAACCUGGCCAAAGACCUGAGCCUGAAUAAUGGAGAAAUGGGAAAUUACAAUCUGCAUAUCCUUUCCCUAGGUAAAAAGCAAUAUUUUACUCUCAGUGCAGAAAAUGGAAAUCUGCAUGUAAGGGAGAAGAUUGAUAGAGAGGAAUUAUGUGGUCCAACUGCAUUCUGCUCCAUCAAUUUUGAAGUGGUGGUUGGCAAUCCUAUGAAUAUUUUUCAUAUAAUUGUAGAGAUCCAAGACAUUAAUGAUAAUGUGCCACAUUUUGUAAAUGGGGAUAUCAAGCUGGAGAUAAGUGAAUCCUCUUUACCAGGCACCACAUUUCGCCUUGGACAAGCUGAAGAUCCUGACCUUGGGGUGAAUUCUCUCCAGGAUUACCGCCUUAGCACAAAUCCAUACUUUAUUCUGGAAGUGAGAGAAAGAAAGGAUGGAAAGAAAUAUGCAGAAUUAGUAUUAAAUAAACAGUUGGAUCGGGAAAGUGAAAGCAGUUUCCAAUUAAUCCUUAUGGCGGUGGAUGGAGGGAAGCCUGCCAAAACUGGAACAGCCAAAAUAUGGGUCACCGUCAUUGAUGCAAAUGACAACCCACCAGUCUUCACUCAAAAAGUAUACACAGUCAAGCUGAAAGAAAAUGCCCCCAAAGGGUCUUCAGUGGUUCAGGUGAAAGCCACAGAUAGAGAUGAUGGUUCUUAUGCGCAAAUCAGCUAUAAUUUUAGUAACAUCCCUGAAAUUGCUAACCAGAAAUUCUACUUGGAUCCACAAAAAGGGACAAUAACACUUAAAGAGGCCCUGGACUUUGAGGAACUAGAAGAAUAUGCAAUGGCAGUGGAAGCAAGAGAUGGGGGAGGAUUAGUGGCGCAAUGCAAUGUUGAAAUAACACUCCUAGAUGAGAAUGACAAUGCGCCAGAAGUGAUUCUUGCCUCUUUAUCUAGCCCCAUCCCUGAAGACUCUGCAGUAGGAACCCUGGUAGCCUUUAUUAAUGUAAAUGAUAGAGACUCUGGAGAUAAUGGGAAGAUUACUUGUGACAUACAACAUACUUUGCCAUUCAAGAUGGUAUCAGCCUCCAAUAAUUAUUAUAAGCUUCUCACAGAUGCCCUCUUGGAUAGAGAAAGAACUCCAGAGUACAAUAUCACAGUCACAGCCACAGACAAAGGCAACCCCCCUCUUUCCACUUACAAAACCAUCACACUGCAGAUCUCAGACAUCAAUGACAACUGCCCUGCCUUUGAGAAACCCUAUUAUACUGCCUAUAUCCCAGAGAACAAUCCUUCAGGCUCCUCCAUUUUCAGGGUCAAAGCCUCCGACCCAGAUGUGGGCCAGAAUGCUCAAAUCACCUACUCCAUUCGCAACAGCAUCACUGAGGGGCUGCCUCUCUCGUCCUACCUCUCCAUUAAUUCUGAGACUGGCACUAUCUAUGCUCAGCGCUCCUUUGACUAUGAGCAAAUCAGGGAGUUUCAAGUGGAAGUGAGGGCCGAAGAUGGAGGCUCCCCUCGCCUCAGCAGCAAUGCCACCGUGAGGGUGUGUGUUCUGGACCAGAAUGACCAAAGCCCUCAGAUUCUUUACCCUUCUCAAGGAGUAGAGGGCUCCUCCUUGUUUGAGAUGGUGCCUCGCUCAGCAGAGGAGGGUUAUCUGGUGACAAAGGUGGUGGCUGUGGAUGCUGACUCUGGACACAAUGCUUGGCUCUCCUACUAUCUGCUCCAGGCAACAGAACCUGGGCUGUUCUCAAUUGGUUCCCAUACUGGGGAGAUCAGGACCUCACGGGCUUUUCUGGAAAGAGAUGCUGUGAAGCAGAAGCUCAUCAUCUUAGUCAAGGAUAAUGGGCAGCCACCACUAUCUGCUACCGUGAGUCUCAACCUGGUGUUUGCUGAGAACUUCCAAGAGGCACUUCCAGAAAUUAGCCACCAGCCCAGUGACUCGGAGUAUCAAUCGGAUCUACAGUUCUUCUUGGUGUUAGCCUUAGCUUUGAUCUCCUUUUUAUUCCUCCUGACAGUGAUUCUGGCCAUUCUCAUGAAGAUUCGGCGAUCAGGGAACCCCAAAUUCCUGCAGUGUUUUGCUCCUGUUCCUCAUUCAAACAACACGGUCAUUUUCCCACCAAACUAUGAAGAAGGAACAUUGCCAUAUUCCUAUCAGCUAUGUUUAUCUUCUGAGUCCAGGAUACAGGAGUUCACCUUUCCAACACCCAAUGUUCAAACCGCAGAAAAUAUUUCAUGCAACACUAACUCUGAUGCACCUUUGACUGGCAAUGGCGGCAAUAUCCUAAUUUCUGAGAUGGCAAUUCAGGACAUUAAUGAUAAUGCACCACUGUUUCCCAAUGAUAACAUCAACUUGGAGAUAAUUGAAUCCACUUUGCCAGGCACACGAUUUCUCCUUGGGAAAGCUGAAGAUCCUGACAUUGGGAUGAAUUCCCUCCAGAACUACCAGUUGAGUUCCAAUCAGUACUUCACUUUGGAAGUUAGAGAAAUGGAAGAUGGAAAUAAAAAUGCAGAAUUGGUGUUGCAGAAAUCUUUAGAUCGGGAAAGUGAGUACUCUCUGCACUUGAUACUUACAGCGUUGGAUGGGGGUGAACCCAGAAAAACUGGAACUGCCCAGAUAUGGAUUAAUGUCACAGAUGCCAAUGACAACCCACCAGUUUUCACUCAACAGCUCUAUAAGGUCAGUGUGCAUGAAGAAGCUCCUGUUGGCUCCUUUGUGCUCCAAGUUGUAGCCUCUGACAAAGAUGAUGGUUUAAAUGCCCAGAUCAGAUAUGAAUUCAGCAACAUUCCAGUGAAUGGACAAAAGAAAUUUGGCCUGGAUCCAGUUCAUGGCAUAAUCUCUCUUAUGCAGAUGUUGGAUUUUGAGGAAACAAGAAGAUAUACUAUGACAGCAGCAGCAAAGGAUGGAGGUGGAUUAGUGACACACUGCAACAUUGAAAUAAAUGUUCUUGAUGGGAAUGAUAAUGCCCCAGAAGUGACGUUAGCCUCCAUGUUCAGCCCUGUUCCUGAAGAUUCUCUGCCAGGAACUGUCAUUGCUCUGAUCAAUGUGAAUGACAAAGAUAGUGGAGAUAAUGGAAAGGUUACUUGCUACCUACAGGAUGAUUUACCCUUCAAAAUUCUUCCCUCAUCUAACAAUUACUUCAAGCUCCAGACAGACAGUCCUUUGGACAGAGAAAUAGCUCCUGCAUAUAAUAUUACAAUCACAGCCACUGAUAAAGGAACUCCACCUCUUUCCACACACAAAACAAUCUCACUACAGAUCUCAGAUAUCAAUGAUAAUGCCCCUACUUUUCAGAAACCAUCCUACAACAUCUACGUGCCAGAAAACAAUCCUUCAGGUGCCUCCAUUUUCACCAUCAAAGCCUCUGAUCCCGAUGUGGACCAAAACUCACGGAUCACGUACUCCAUCCUCAACAGCAACAUUGAGGAGCUUCCCAUUUCCUCCUAUAUCUCCAUUAAUUCUGAGACCGGCACCAUCUAUGCCCAGAGAUCCUUUGACUAUGAACAAUUCAGAGAGUUCCAGCUGCAAGUGAAGGCCCAAGAUGGGGGUUCUCCCCCUCUCAGCAGUAAUGUGACCGUCAGAGUGUUUGUUCUCGAUCAGAAUGAUAACAGCCCUCGUAUCCUAUCUCCCUCACAAGAAGCCAAGGGCUCAGCCUUGUUUGAGAUGGUGCCUCGUUCGGCCGAGGCAGAUUAUCUUGUCACCAAGGUGGUGGCCGUGGAUGCAGAUUCUGGACACAACGCCUGGCUCUCCUACCACCUGACUCAGGCCACUGAGCCAGCACUCUUCACGGUUGGUUCUCAUACUGGAGAGAUCAGGACAGCAAGGGCCUUUGUAGAGAGAGACGCUGUGAAACAGAGACUGGUCAUUAUGGUGAAGGAUAACGGGCAGCCAUCUCUCUCAGCCACCAUUACUCUGAACCUGGUGUUUGCUGAGAACUUUCAGGAGGCCCUUCCAGAAAUGAAGAGCCAACCCAGCAGCUCGGAGUAUCAGUCUGACCUGCAGUUCUACUUGGUGCUGGCCUUAGCUGUGAUCUCCUUCUUGUUCCUCUUGACUGUGAUUCUGGCCGUUACAAUGAAGCUCCGUCAAUCAGGGCAUCCCAGGUUCCUACAGUGCUUUGGUCCUGUUCCCCAUUCCAAGAAUGGUGCCAUCUUCCCACCCAACUUUGAAGAUGGGACUUUGCCCUAUUCCUACCAGCUGUGUCUGUCUUCUGAGACCAGGAAGAAUGAGUUUGCCUUCCUGACACCCAAUGUUCAGAUGGUAGACAAUAUUCUUGGCAGUGAGAAACCUGCCGUGCCUUUUACAGGCAACAGUGGAAACAAUUUUCAUUCUGAAAAGGCUAAUGAUGAAGAGCACUAA